CAAUCAAUUUAACGCCACAAAUCCACGGCCAUGUCUGGUGCAGAACGUAGCUAGCUCACUCACUCUACAGUUCAAAAAUGAGCAGUAGUGUACUCUGCAAGCUCUCAUAUCCUAUCAUCAUCUCCUCCUCAUCAUCUUCCCCUUCCAAAGAUACAAACUCCAGUUCAAACUCCUCAAAUAAGUCAGUGAAGCUAAGAGAUGACUGGAGGCAACGCUCCAAACCCAUCCCACCUGGUGGAACUUAUCCUGCUAAAGACCAUUGCAGUCAAUGUGGGUUGUGUGAUUCUUAUUAUAUUGCUCAUGUCAAGAAUGCUUGUGCUUUUCUUGGAGAUGGAAUGUCUAGAAUUGAAAAUUUGGAGCCUGUUGUCCAUGGCAGAGGGAGAAAAUCUGAUUCUUCGGAUGAGAUGUACUUAGGGGUCCAUGAAGAGUUGUUGUAUGCUCGUAAAACUACGCCUGUUGAAGGAGCUCAAUGGACAGGGAUUGUGACUACCAUUGCAAUCGAGAUGCUGAAAGCUGACAUGGUUGAUGCUGUUAUAUGUGUACAAAGUGACCCAGAUGACAGAUUCUCUCCACGGCCUGUACUAGCCAGGACACCGGAGGAAGUUCUAGCUGCUAAAGGAGUCAAGCCAACAUUAUCUCCUAAUCUUAAUACUCUUGCAAUGGUUGAGGCAGCAGGUGUGAAACGUCUUCUUUUCUGUGGUGUUGGUUGCCAAGUGCAGGCGUUAAGAUCUGUAGAGCACCAUUUAAACUUGGAGAAGCUUUAUGUACUAGGCACCAAUUGUGUGGAUAAUGGACCUCGAGAAGGGCUUGAUAAGUUUUUAAAAGCCGCAAGUGAUGAUCCAGAAACAGUUCUUCAUUAUGAGUUUAUGCAAGAUUACAAGGUCCACUUGAAGCACUUGGAUGGUCGAAUUGAAGAGGUUCCUUAUUUCUGUCUACCAGCCAACGAUUUAGUUGAUGUUAUUGCUCCAUCUUGCUAUAGUUGUUUUGACUACACAAAUGCUUUAGCGGAUAUGGUCGUUGGUUAUAUGGGCGUUCCGAAAUAUUCUGGAGUUAGCAUGACACAGCAUCCACAAUAUGUAACAGUCAGGAAUGAAAGAGGAAGAGAAAUGCUGGGUUUGGUAAGGGAUCUUCUUAAGAUUACCCCAACAGUUAGUAGUGGUGACAGGAGACCAUUUGUUAUGGAAACUGUGAAGGCAGAUGAUAAUGCUAAGUUAGGGAAGGGUCCUUCUGAACCUGCACCGAGAUUUGUUGGCAAUUUUCUAGCUUUUAUAUUGAACUUGAUUGGCCCAAAAGGUGUGGAAUUCGCCCGCUAUUCACUGGACUAUCAUACCAUCAGGAACUAUUUGUAUACAAACCGCGCCUGGGGAAAAGAAAGAGCUGACCGGCAUACACCUUCAUAUGCUAAGAAAAUAGUAGAAAUGUACAACCGUAAUGGUGAAAUUGAUAAGAUGCUACAGAAUAAGUGACUACCAGAUGCUAUCAUGGAUGUGACAAUUUUUGCGUAGGCGUCGUGUCUGAAUGAUGACGUUAUGCUCCUUGUAGCUUAAUCUGGGUUGGAAAUUAUAGUUUAUUGGUCUCACAGUUAAGCUAUUUGGUUGAUCAUCAGAGUCAUGUAAAGUUGUGUGUCAAUACUAAUCAUUUAAUGAAAUAUAGCUCUUCAUUUUAA